AUGGAGCGUGUCUUGUGCCACGGAGAUCUCUACCCUCCGAACACUCUUUGGAGGCAUUGCGAAGAUGGCCUCAAUUUGUUUGCUGUAAUAGACUAUCAGCUAGCUCAUUUCGGAUGCUCUGCAACGGACAUUGUUUUUAUUACCGCAGCUUUUCUGAGUGGCGAAGAUAGGCGAGCACAUUGGGAAGAACUCCUUGAUGACUUCUAUGGCUAUCUCAGAGAGGAAAUAGGCAGCAGAAAAAUGCCGUACACAUUAGAGCAGCUCAAAGAGGCCUAUCGGCAAUUCUUCCCAACCGGUGCGUUCAUAUUUCUGCCAUUUCUGGAGCCUUUGUUCGAGGUGAUAAACAGAGAUCCAGAUGAAGAGCGCAGGAAACAGAGCUUGGAGAUGACACUGGCAAAAACUGAAUGCAUGUUGGAGGAUAUCUUCGACUACCAUGAGCGGAACAUGAAGAUUCGAAAAGGGAAACCAGUCGAUUAG